GAGUGAGCAUUUUUCUGCUCACCAGGAAUAUAAAGCUGCACAGAAGAUGAAUCCGGAGGAGGAAGGUCACUGUCAGACAAGCUGAGCUUGCUCUGCUUUAUCAGCUACAGGCUGCUCCCGGCUGAUCUCUGGACCCUCAGAUUGAGCAACUCGCCAAGAGACUGGCAGCUAAAACAAAAUCAAACAGAAACAGAGCCUAGACAGAGCAAGGGAGCAAUUUCAACAGAGGGGAUAACGGCUGCUUGAAAAUGCAGGAAAAGUAAAUGGAGCAUGCAAAGAGUUUUUGAAGGUGCGAUGACUGAUGGAGGUUUUCAUUAGAGGUUUUGAGGAAGAGUAUGAUAGUUUUCAGAGGACAAGGGGGGAUCAGACGAAGGGGUCUGGGGACAGCCAGUGAAAGGGCACAAGCCCUCGUGAAACACGGAAGAAUUAAAAGGUAAACAGCAGAGAAAAAGCUACAGAGGCAGACUGGCAGGCCCCAAACUGAAUGUCAGGAUGGGUGUGAAGCGUAAGGCAGCUGCUGCUAUCUUGCUCCUGCUGCUGUGCCUUGGUUCACUGUGGUUACAUGGAGGUUUGGAUUACCAAUGGGAUUCAUGUUUAAAAGGUUACAAUCAGAUUAACAAGGAUCAGCUUCACCAGCUGUCCAACAGCAGCGAGGCAGACGGGACUAAGGGCCCGCCUGUCCUCUCUCUGUGCCCCGGCCAGACUUUCCAGGUGUCGGUGUUGGUCUCCCACCUGCUGGCUGCCCGGGCUUACACCUCUGAUGUGCUGCUGCAGCCAUAUCUGUCCAGCUGGGAUGAGCUUGUAAAGUUCAUGGAGUCUCUGGGCCCUAUGGUUAGUCUGAUAUCAAACGAGAUAGAGACUAAAACCACUAUAAUACGCCAACUGGCCCUGCUAUCUGAGAGGAGCCCCGAAGCAGAGGUUGGCCCAGACAUGCACUUACGAAACUCUGAAAACUCACAAACUGAGGAAAAAAAUUUUGUUAGGGUUUCACAGGGUAGAGGGGCCUACAACUCCGUGCGCUCAAUGAUUUGGAUGGAACUGAAGCAAGGCAUAGUUGAUUUCAACCAACAGACGGACUCUGGGUGCAGAACUCUUCUGCGACUGCACCGGGCUCUGCUCUGGUUGAAGCUCUUCCUGCAGAAGCUGGCUGAGACACCAACUUCCGGACGGCUCAGGAGCCCCUCUGAUCUGUGUCGAGAAGCCUACCAGAGCACCCUCUCUCACCACCACACUUGGUUUGUCCGCAGGGCUGCUGAGUUGGCCUUCAUUGCCCUUCCGGAGAGGGGAUUUUUCUUCAGGCUGGUGUGUGUGCACAACCAGGAGGAGCUGAGUGAGGUGUUGACCAGAGUAGUUGUUGCCAUUGGGGAAAUCUAUGACAGGACUCAGAAAGCACUAGAGGAAAAUAAAAUGCUGGACCUACCCUAAAAAUGGGAAUCAUCUUGUAUGCCUUUGGUAUCGCCAUGAACUUUCGAGUUCAACCCAAUUGAAGUACACCUAUCAAAAACAACUGAGCAGACUAUUUUUGCAGUCAAAAGAUAAAUGUUUAAAGCUUAAGAUCAAGCUGCUGUAUUUUUUACAACUUAUAGAUACUUCAAUGCAGCAGAUGACAUAUGGAAACAUUGACUCACGUAAUCUGGUGAAAACACCACUAUAAAAGCAUCAACGCCACAGAAUUCCCAAAGGAAGUAGUGUUCUGUGACUGAAUCAGAUUUAAUACUUCUUGUAUCUUCCUCUGCUGGUUAUGGUAUUUUUAUAUGGGUUAGAUAAUUACUUCCUGGUUAAGUGCAAACAAAUUCAUGCUCAUGGAUUUUGCAUGCUACCUCAUAACUGGCCAGAUGCCUAGAAAUUGUUGUAGGACCAAUCUCGCUUGAUUAAAGAGGUCUCAUAUAUGUUGCACUUGGUACUACAUGCUGCAUUUUAGAGUCUAAAUUUGUCCGUUUAACAAAAGUUUGAACAUUUUGUAUCAUGUUUAGGAAAAUAAUGAAAAAAUUAGAUAAGAAUGAA